UGUCCCCUCAGGCGCGCUCCAGGAGAACGGCGUGUGCAGAUAGGCGACGGCUGCUGCUGCGGCGAGCUGUAUACAUAUAUACAGAGCAUCUGUGCCUUUAACUAUACGUGUUCAGUGCGCCUCUAUCACAGCCCGCAGUCAACUUCCCACAACUCCGACGCGAGUAGACUAAAGACACCUUAACCGGAGAGACACUGGCUCACCUUCACAGCUAGACCCAUGGAAUGAUAACUAUGGAAUACCACUGGAUACUGCUGGCUGUGUUUUUGCAGUUAACCUUCCAUCCAGGCAGCACCAAGCCCACUAUCACCCCCGUCGGCCCCCACCUUGUCGUCCUGCUCAACGCACCCUUCGAGCUGCUUUGCCAGGGUGAGAAGGAGAUGCAGUGGCAGCGGGAGGACCGGCCCAAGGUGCGGGGAGAGAAAAAGAGCGCUGGGAUGUCGGCGCUGCACAUCCCUAGGGCUCAGCCCGUCCACAUGGGCCGCUACAUCUGCCUGGAGGAGAGCUCCAAGGAGCAACUCUCCAUCUACGUCUAUGUGAAAGAUCCAGACAAUCCCUUCAGAAAAUCAAUGGUGUUCAACAUCCUCACUCGAGUGGGAGACAAUGCUUCCAUCUCCUGCCUGGCAACUGAUCCAAGUCUGGACAACCUGCGCCUGGAAACAUGUUCCGGUAGAGCUCUGGCCUCUGGUCUCCAGUUUACUGCGAGCCUGGAGCAAGGCAUCCUCAUCCACAACACGCAAAAGGCCUACGAAGGUUGCUACGUGUGCACGGGAAGACUCAGGGAAGAGUACGUCCAAUCACACGACUACUCCCUGACAGUAAGACCAGUCCCCGUUGCUCCUCCUGUGAUUGAGAUGGCAACCAAAAGAGUGAUUCUCACCCGGAAUGAGAGUCUCUCCCUCACCUGCAACACCUCUAACGUCAACGGAGAAAUCACGCUAAAAUGGGUCACCCCGCCUGGCUCGCAACCAGCAAAGGUUGACGGUGCUUCGCGUAUCCUGUCGGAGGACUUCACUCACGUGCGCAGCGCCACGCUGCACAACGCGGCGGUCGGACAUCAGGACGCUGGGAGGUACCAGUGUGAAGCACAGAAUGAACGAGGGACCAGCUCGCGGUCAGUGUGGCUCGAUGUUUAUGAAAAGGGAUUCAUUAACUUAACACCCACAAUCAACGAAACCAUCCAGGUCCGUUCAGGUGAGAGUUUGCCCCUAAAUGUUGACAUGGAGGCUUACCCAAAGCCUCACACUUUCUCCUGGAGCUUCAUGGGCCGCGAGCUCAGAAACACAAGCGACCAUGUCAUCACCACACACAGCCAUGAAUACAGGUACAGCAGUGAGCUGAGGCUGGUGCGCCUGAAAAUGUCAGAGAGCGGAGUUUACACCUUUCAGGCCUCCAACGGUGACGCUUCAGUAAACCACACGUUCACCAUCUUUGUAAUCAGUAAACCUGAGAUCGUAUCUCGCGAGGGCCCAGUGGAUGGACAGGUACGCUGUGUGGCGGAGGGGUUCCCCGCCCCGCAGAUCACUUGGUACUACUGUGAGCAGCCCUAUGCCAGGUGCUCCCAACAGGUGAAUGCCACCCAGGAGGAGCGCAAUGUCAUCACCGUCACCCUGUUCAGCCCCCUGUUUGGGAAAACGGAGGUCGAGAGUCGGGUGAACGUAAGCAGAGGACGGUUCAGUACUCUGGAAUGUGUGGCUACGGUGGAGGGAGAGCAGGCCUACACACUCUUUUCUAUCAGCGAGAGAACUGUUCCCCAUGAUCUUUUCACCCCUCUGCUAAUUGGCUCUGUAUCAGCAGCAGGCAUCCUCUGCCUCGUCCUUAUAAUGCUGUUCUACAAGUACAUGCAGAAACCCAAAUAUCAGAUUCAGUGGAAAGUUAUUGAGGGCAUCCAUGGAAACAACUAUGUGUACAUUGACCCCACCCAGCUACCGUACGAUCACCAGUGGGAGUUUCCUCGAAACAACUUGCGUUUUGGGAAGACACUGGGAUCUGGUGCAUUUGGGAAAGUGGUGGAAGCCACUGCAUAUGGACUCUCCGAAGCAGAUUCAGUCAUGACGGUGGCUGUGAAAAUGCUCAAAACAAGCGCUCAUGCCACAGAGAAAGAGGCGCUGAUGUCAGAGCUGAAAGUUCUCAGUUACUUGGGAAACCACAUGAAUAUUGUCAACCUGCUGGGAGCCUGCACUGUUGGAGGCCCUACACUAGUGAUCACAGAGUAUUGCUGCUUUGGAGACCUCCUUAACUUUCUACGCAGAAAGAGGGAAUCCUUCAUCUGCUAUAAGCUCGAGGAAGACUGCUACUACCGCAACGUCAUGCCGCAGAGAGACGCAGCUGGUGGCAACUUUAACGGCUACAUGUCCAUGAGGCCUUCUGCUGCCGGCAACCUGCCGUUCAGCUCAUCCUCAGAGAAGAGACGCUCACUACGCAAAGGUGACUCCUACGUCGAAGCAGAUGCGGAGAGUGAGAUGUUCGACGAGGAUGGUCUGUCUCUAGACACCGAAGACCUUCUCAGCUUCUCACACCAAGUGGCCAAAGGCAUGGAGUUCUUAGCCGCCAAAAAUUGCAUCCACAGAGACCUGGCUGCCAGAAAUAUCCUCCUGACUCAAGGACGAGUAGCGAAGAUCUGUGAUUUUGGCCUGGCCCGAGACAUCAACACGGACUCCAACUAUGUCGUCAAAGGCAACGCUCGUCUGCCAGUGAAAUGGAUGUCUCCAGAAAGUAUCUUUGAGUGUGUGUAUACAUUUGAGAGUGACGUGUGGUCCUAUGGCAUCUUGCUUUGGGAAAUCUUCUCACUAGGAAACAGUCCUUAUCCGGGUAUGCCAGUGGACGCCAAGUUCUACAAACUGAUAAAAGAAGGAUACAGAAUGGAUGCUCCGGAGUUUGCAACCAGUGAAAUGUAUCAGAUUAUGAGGUCCUGCUGGGACGCUGACCCCUUCAACAGACCCCCCUUCAGGAAGGUCGUGGAAAGGAUCGAACAACAGCUAUCAGAUGCCACUAAACAUAUUUAUCUGAACUUUAGCUCCAAGCUUCCUGUGACGUCCAGAGCCAGGGAGGAACCGGGUCCUCAGGGCGCUCCGUUUCACCGUGUCAACUCAGCCAGCAAUGACAGCGGACCGACCCAGCCCUUACUGCUCCAGCACGAGGUCUUCCUCGAGGGGACAACCCUCAGAGCCCAACGGGUGUAAGGACCCACCCAACCUGUUGGGCUGCCUCAGAAAGUGCCUGUAAUGUUCCGCCACAAACUACCCAACCACUACACCCGCCCACCUCCCCGGUCCCGGCAGCACGUGUUGCAGGCACAUGGUAAUUGCCAUCUAUUACCAAAAACAAGGAGGAAUGGCUUUUAUCAUUGUUUUUCCUACCAUUGCCUACUGAUUACAGGGAGGACAGUUGGACUAAUGCUCCCCUGCUCAUAGCAAAAACUUUUAAGGCUCCGGGCGAGGGUCUAGGGACAUCAAACGUAACUCUAAAAUUAUAUUAAGUACAUUAUUACACUGUUAUCGGUUUUGUUAUUUUCCUUCUUUUUUUGUGUGUGACAUUUUGGCUACACAUUUCAUAAAAGGUUGUUUUGUUUCUUUCAAUCUAUUGUAGUUUUUUUUUUUUCUAUUCUGUGGUUUUUCUGGGCCAAUUGAAAUGUAGAUAUGGAGAGUGGUAUAUAAGCUAUUAGACAGCAUGGUCGGUCAUGCUUAGGGUCCUUAAGUGCUUCAAGUCGAUAAGGAAAUUUCUGCCCUUUUAAUAUUGCUGUCACUGCUACAGAACUGUCUUUACUAGAUCUGUUACCACAUGACAUGGGUCAGCCCACGAUUACACACUCACAGUUGUCUUCAGAGAUAUGGUUCAGACAUGGUACGCUAGCUUUUCAUUUAUGUGCUUGUUGACUGUAUAUGUGUACAUAUCUGCAGGUAAUGAUAUUAGUCAUUGCUAUACGAUGCGAUGGGAAGUUAAGUAUUUGACAAAGAAGACAUUCUGAGAAGCCUUGGCAUUCGUCUUAGCUUUGUUAAGCAUGUGAUGCAGGUGUAUAGUUGGACUUUUUGACACCUAGACUGCUGGAAAGUUCUUUUGUAAAGGUGUAAAUAACUGUGUGGGUUAAUAUGGUUUGCUCUACUGUCACAUCCAGUGUAUGGUCUUUGUUUACAAGCAGUAGACAGGUACUACCAUUUCUGACAUGUGUUUUCUCUGCUUUUUCUUCCACUUCGUGAAGGACCAGGAAAUGGGAACCUUUGUGUUUUGCAAUUGGUGUGUGUUUUGCCCAUGCUAACACUGUAGUUCCCCUUUUUACAGUAUUAGGGCUGCACCUUACUAAUUAUUUUCAUUAUCGAUUAACCUGUCUAUUAUUUUUUUUGAUUAAUCGAUUAGUUGUUUGGUCUAUAAAAGGUCAGAAAGUGUUGAAAAAUGUUGAUCGAAGCCCAAGCUGACGUCCUCAAGUGUUUCUUUUGUCCACCACUUUCAAAGAUGUUCAUUUCACUGUCGCAGAGGAGAGGACUAGAAAAACGUUUAAGAAGCUGAAAUCAGAGAAUUUUGAAAAUUACUCAAACCAAUUAAUCCAUUAUCAAAAAAGUGGCUGAUUAAUGUAAUAGUUGAAAACUAAUCGAUUAAUCUUUGCAGAUAUAUACAAUAUACAUCAUAGCUAAAAUCAGGGUGAUGUGCAUGUGAAAUGCCUUUAAGUGGACUCUGCAAUGUUCCCUGAGAGUGGCGACAAGCUAGUCGGUCAUCAAGGCUCUCUGUUCAGACGUCGCCGCUGGGUAGUACACCGCUCCGUUUCAGCGUGUGGGUCAUCUCAUUGUUCUCUGACCAGUAGCUGGUUUCCCAGCAGUCCUUCUCUUCUUUGUAUCCAGCUGUUUCCUCCAUCAGAAGUGGGACUUUCAGCACCUCUCAGCCAGUAGUCUGUAUCAGCCCAGACCAUUAUAAUUCCCCUCUUCCUACUGGUGGAGGUGUGCGUGUGUGUGUGUGUGUGUGUGUGUGUGUGUGUGUGUGUGUGUGUGUGUGUG